UCUUAUAAAAGGCGUCCAAGAUAAGAUCAGUAAGGAGAAAGAAAAAGGAUUGGAGGUGAUCAGAUAGAACGAGCAAAAGCAUGAGGUGAUCGUGUGUGAGCGAAAGAGAAGUUCUGGGCUCUGGGAUUUGAUUCGUGAACCUUGAAGCGUUUUUCGAUUACUUGUGAUCGUACUUCCGAUAGUAGCAGCGUUUUCGUCGACCAACAUUUUUUUUGCGAUUUCUUUGAAAGAUCAUUGUGAAUUUAUAGUUUGAUUUCGUUUUUGUUUCAUGCUCUCACAGACAUAACAGUUUAAGCUGUUGGUAAACAUUUCUUCUUCCGAUGGAAGAUGUAAACCUUAAUUCCGACUCCGGCAUCCUCGAAAGCUUGGGCGAGGAGAUCGUCCGCAUCGUCGACCCCUUCUCCGCCUGCAUGCUUCCCGCGUCCUCCUUGCCAACGCCCUCCACUACUACGGCGGUGAGCCGGUGACGGAGGGAGGAAGCGGCUUUACGUCCAUCGCAUACUCCGAGAAAGCCUCCGACUUCUUCUAGAACAAGCUCGAAGCUGCUCACCUCCACUCCCUCAUCUUCGUCGCCGUAAUCACCGUCCUCACCUUCCUCCUCGGCCAUUGAUGUAGUCACUUUCUCUCUCCCCCUGCUCAAUUUCUCGGUCGUUGGAGCUCUGGCGGUGUUCAUGUCAAAAGUCCUGGAUCUGGGUGACGGUAGGGGUGCUCGUGGGACCACCUGGGCGCUUCUGAUCGCGAUGUCCUUGUACAAUUUAGCUGGCGUUCUCUUGCCCAGCGGACCCUUGAGGCUUCUCUUGGAGCUUGCAAUUACAAGAGAUGAGGUGUUACCUGCAUUCGAGGGAAGGCGAGCAGAACCAUCCGGGGGUGAGAAGGAGGCUGUGGAGAGAAAGGAGGAAUACGCUACUUAUUCUAGUUCAAGCUUGAAUGGUCUAGAAGCUGAAAUUCCAAAUCCAAGAUCGCAAGAGGCAAAUCUGGUUAUUGCUAGAGAAGCGGCAUCUAUUCCAGCAGCGACUUCGCCGUUGCUACAGCAACAACUGAAAAGGCACAAGGAAGAGGAUGCAGAAGGAAUCGGUUUAGGUUCAUCAGGAGCAGAACUCUUGCCAUCAUUAUCAUUUCGUUACUUUUAGCAGUUUACUUCAAGGCAGCGCCAUUUGCCAGCCCUUCCAGUGCCCAUCACGCUCGGUAUGCUCUUUUAUCUCUUGGCGAGGUGUUCAUUGGAAGUGUCUAUCGUCUAGUAUUCAAUGAACCCAUCGAUGUUCUAGCAUGGCAUUUUUGUCGAAAAGGAAACUACUGAAAAUUGCAUGCAAAUGUAUGUUUAAAGCAUUUUGCAAACCCAUCUGUUCAUGCAUUGUGACUAAGUCCGACAAUAAAUUUCUGCACAA